AUGGCGUUGCGCCUUUUUGUGUUGGCAGUGACGCCUGGGAUCAUUUCUCAGCAUCGCGCAUGUGCAGAUGUCACAACAAGAUGCAAGUCUGAGUCCCGAGGGAAGGAAAGCGCAUGCGAUGUCGCAGAACCAACUGCGUUGCUGCAGCAUCCUCGCCCGACGCAGAUGGUGGAAGCCAGACCUGCCAGUCUUCAAGAAAUCGAAAAGGCUAAGCUGAAGCUGGAUGGUGCGAAGGCUGUGGUGGACGUUGACCUCAGCAGCAACCCGGCAUUCGUACUGAAUCUGGACCGCCGGACGGACCGCUUGGCAAAUUUUUCUCAGAUCUUGUAUGAGCAGGCGCCAUGGCUCCAGAAGAUCACCUGCCGUGUGGCUGCGCCCGACGGCAAGGCCUUCGGUGAUCACCUGAAGGAGUCUUUGAUUCCGCGCCCGUUUUGGCAGUCUGCCAUCUUCCGCGACCAGAAUCAGCUCUAUACACAUGGUGGGGCAUUGACCAAAGGUGGAGUGGCCUUGACUAUGGGUCAUGCAAUAAUGUGGGAGCACCUGCUGCAGACCCAGGCCCCAUGGGGAAUCUUCAUGGAGGAUGACCUCAUGCACGUCCAUCCAGACUUGGGUUCACUGCUGCAGAAGCUGGGAAAUUCCCUUCCUGCGCCAGGGCAUGAUUGGGACCUCCUUCAAAUUCAGGGCGGAGAAUGUCUGAGCAGCUCAUUCUCAACUCCCAUGCACAUCGUGAAUGGAACUGGCUACAAUUUGGGCAUGUACAUCCUCACGCGCGAGGGCGCGCAAAAUGCCAUUGAGGCUGUUUUUCUCAUGAUGAGCGGCCAGUUGGACAAUCCAGAUGGUUUUCUCCGUAGCCGUUGCCGGGCCCAUCAAGUCUGUCCUGUCCCGGCAGCGCAAGGAGGAGCACGUAAGGACACCGAUGUGCAGAUCAUUCCGAAGGCAGUAAAACUGCUGGACGAACCCCUGAUUCACGAUUGCCCUUUGCUGGAAGUUGGCCAGAUGCUGAAGCCUGACCUCAUCUCUCCUGAGGAAUCCGGGACGGCCUGA